UAAACGUACUGAUUAUUAUUAUAAAAUAACUGAUUUAUACCAGCUUACUGUUAAAGAAUAUGAAGUUUUAGCAUUUGAGGAUUCUAAUUCUAGAGAAAGUGUAGCUUUAAAAAGAAUUCAGGA